GCACUUUUAUCCCUGGCCCGUCACAUCUCCGCCAGUACCCUUCGACACUCGGACACUCCCAGACGGACAAGCAUCACCAUGAACACACUCACAGCUCUUACUGGAUUUGCUUUAGUGCUGACGGCAUGUGCAAUGCCCUUUGACCUCCUGGGAGAACCUCUUUUCACAAACCCAACCCUGAUCACCAUGUGUCAGCCAGUGGACGCUCCCGUAAAUGGUCGCGUGUACUGCGAAUACAACCCUACCAACAUGACAUGCACCGCGUCCUGUGAAAAUGGAUUCGUAGCAGAUUCAAGCAUCAUGUUCAGAACUUUGACGUGUACCUACGAGAUGCCCUUUCCCACGGUAAACGCCUUUGGUGCUUGCCGAAUGGCUGUUCCAACCUUGGCGCCAACCUUACAACCAACCUUCACAGACUCACCUGUUGUCGGACCCGUGGUCCAUGCCGGACGUUGCAUUCACAACGUGAUGGAAUGCGGUACGGAAGAAGGAGACUUUCAGGCCUGUAUGGACUGCAGUAAAUAUGUGACCUGCUCCGUAAACGGCGCUACUUUGAGGGACUGUCCAGUUGGUCUCCAGUGGGAUGAUACCGUUAAGCGAUGCGAGCGGCGUUCAUCUACAUGUAUGUAAGGGUGCCUUAACUAGUUGAAAAUCUACAAGAAGGGCGUUCCUUGCAAAAAGGCACAGUUGACUUCGUCCGGGUACUCAUCUUUACCGUUUUUGAUAUUAUAAUUGCAUCAUAUUCAACCACAUUAAACUUAUUCACAAUAA